ACCCUCGCUAAUUUGCUUCUCUGGAGCGUCGAUCACAAUCCUCACAAGCCCUCUUUUGCACAGUUCUUCUCAUCCCAUUGCCAGCGAGCCGAAUUCCUCAAUCCUUUCAAGAAUUUCGAAAUUCAAACUCAAAAUUUAAAUUCUGAGUCUAUAGGUGAUUCCGAGGCAUAAUCAAAUGCAUCUUCAAGCUCAAACUCUCACGAAUCAGUUCGCGCCUUUUGUCGCUCCAUUAAAACCAACCUCGAAGUCUCGAUUCGCUUCUCUAAACGCAUGCCGCUUCCGUAAGAUUUCGUAUCGGGCUCUGACAUGUUCUGUUUCGACGAUUUGCGAGUCGGCCCCGACGGAACUGCGGAAUGUGAAGCCGUUACCAGCUGAGGUUUCGAGGACAAUCAUGGAGCUGUCUUCUGUUGGGACGCUCUCUUCUUUGACACAAGAGGGAUGGCCUCUCGGCAUUGGCGUUCGCUUCGCUGUUGACCAAGACGGUACGCCUCUUCUGAGCUUGAAUGAAUCUUUGCGGGAGCUCUCUAUCGACAGGAGGUCCAGCCUCCACGUUCAGUUGGAGCAGUGUGGACUGCGGACUCCUCAGUGUACAAUUCAAGGUAGUCUCGGCAAACCAGACAACAAAAUGAUUUUGAAGCAGCUUCAUACAACAUGGAAAAAGAGAUUUGGAGAAGAAAUUAAUGAAGAUAUUCUGUAUAUUGUUACCGUGGAUAGGGUACUUCAGAUAGAUGACUUUGGGGAGGUUGGUGUUUGGGUGAACUCUUCAGAUUAUAAAACUGCAAGCCCGGAUCCUCUUCGAAAUUUUGCAGAAAGGCUAGUGGACGAGAUAAACACAAACAACGCUGAAGAUGUUCAUCGCUUUUGCAACAUAUAUGCUGAUUUGAAUUUUCAGUUUGCAGAAGCAAAGCUGAUAUGGGUUGAUCGGUUAGGCUUCGACUUGCGGGUAUUCUCUCCUCAAAAGGGGACCUUUGAAUUCCGAAUUCCAUUUCCAAGUGAAGUUACAGACGAGAAGGGUGCGAAGUCAAUGUUUAACGGCAUGUCCCAACAAGCUUGGGAGGUUGAAAGGAAUUUCCAAGCUCUGGAUUUUGAGAGGGUUAAGCAAUUGAAGAUGAUAAAACCAUUGCAUAGUGUAGAGUAGCUAUGAAUGUGUACCUUUUUUUCUUAGCUCUCUUUAAAAAUGUUAUCAUUUGUGGAAGAGCUGAGUGUUGUUUAAUGUAUGUGAGUGAGAAGUUUGGCUAUGGUCAGACCCAAUUGUUGUAAGCUUAAAGCUUGUUUCUGAUGAUCACAUCUUUUUAACUUCAAAGUUCAGCCAAGUAAUUAUCUUGCGCUUUGUUAAA